UUGUUCCCUUCAAUUCCUUACCCUGUGGAUUAAGCUUCCCGGGAUACCUAAUCGAUCGAUUGUGUUCAUUCAUCCGCACGUAACAUAUCAACUUGAACGAUGAUUAGGUUGUUUAAAGUCAAGGAAAAGCAAAGUAAAGAAGCUGAAAAUGCAAACGGGAGGGGUUUUAAGAAGCAAAGUGCAGGGCAACUGCGUGUUCAUAAAGACAUAAGUGAGCUGAACCUGCCAAAAUCAUGCUCCAUAUCCUUUCCGAAUGGCAAGGAUGAUCUGAUGACUUUCGAGAUCUCCAUGAAACCUGAUGAAGGGUAUUACCAGGGAGGGAAAUUUUUGUUUACCUUCAAUGUAUCUGCAAUAUACCCACAUGAAGCGCCAAAGGUCAAGUGUAAAACCAAGGUUUAUCAUCCUAAUAUUGACUUGGAAGGAAAUGUAUGCCUCAAUAUUCUGCGAGAAGAUUGGAAACCGGUUCUUAACAUCAACACAAUUGUCUACGGAUUGUCUCAUCUCUUCACGGAACCAAACCAUGAAGAUCCUCUAAAUCAGGACGCCGCUACUGUUCUGAGGGACAACCCAAAAACAUUUGAAGCGAACGUUAAGAUAGCAAUGAGUGGAGGACGUGUGGGGGGAACGCAUUUUACUCGAUGUACCUAACAAUCUGUUUUUUUUGCAAUGGGUGAAGAACUAGACUUGUGUUAUGAGUUAUGAUUGAUGUCUUCCUUUUUAUUUCAUUAAAAUUAAAAAGAGGAAUGCUAUACAGGGAAUUUGUUGGUGGAUGUAUUUGCGGAAUUACAGGGAAUUCUGGUCAUCAAUGAAAAGGAGGAAGAAUCGAGAUUUCUAUGUAA